AUGCCAUCCAGUCGUGAAGGUUAUCUUUGGACUCCUACCGGAGACACAACCGGCCUCACCACCGACGCUGUUGUUAGUGGCACACCGGACUCCUUAAUCCGUGACAAGUACGAUGCUGUUGUCAUCGGAACCGGCUUUGCUGGCCUCAUUGCGGCUCGGAACCUCUCUCGCAACCCGAACCUCACAGUGCUACUUCUCGAAGGUCGGGACCGUAUUGGUGGAAGAACAUGGACUGCGAAAGCCUUGGGGGAAGAGUUUGAGAUGGGGGGAACUUGGGUACACUGGAACCAGCCUCACGUAUACGCCGAACUGCACCGCUACGGGCUACACUCCAACCUAAAGACCUCCGCCGGAACACUCGAUGCCAAAACGACGUUAUACACAGCUGCUUUCUCGGCUCCCAACAACAUCGAUGGUGGAGAUGUCAAUUCGGCAGUUCAACGAGUCGCAGAUGCCUUCUUCUCCAUAGAUGGCCUAUCCAGUCGCGAUCUCAUGCCCUAUCCUCACGAACCAUUCCGCCAACCGGCUCCAUGGCUCAAAUACGAUCAUCUCUCCGUCAAGGACCGCCUUGAACAGCUUGAUCUACCACAGAUUGAGAAGGAUCUAUUUGAUGCCAUGGUCAGCUCCUUCGGCUCGGCUCCUGGCUCUGAAUGCGGUUUCACCGAGGCCUUGCGCUGGUAUGCACUUGGAGGACACACCAUGGCUGGCGUUUUCGAGCUUGCCGGUGUAUAUAAGCUUGGGAAAGGAGGCAUGAGCUCUCUUGCUCGGGCUAUCCUUGACGAGUAUCGUGGACACUUGCUGUUCAACACGGUUCUUGAAAGGAUUGAGCAGAGCAACUCCUUUGUCACGCUGACUGCAAAAAACGGCAGGCAGAUUCAGGCAAGCCAGAUCAUAUCCACAAUCCCCCUGAAUUGCCUGUCAGAUAUUUCCUUUACACCCUCCCUGUCGCCACUCCGCCAAGAGGCCAUCAAAGCUGGCCAUAUCAACCAAGGCGCCAAAAUCCACUUCAGGCUUGGACAAACCGAGCCGGGAUGGUUCUCAAUGGCAAGCGGCUACGGAAACUCGCCAUGGUGCUUCUCCUUCUCCGACCAUAACGGAACAGCCAAGAAAGAUGGCACCUACUGCAUCGGGUUCGGCUAUAACGGACAGCUCACAGAUCCACGCGCCUCGAACCACAUCAUCUCUACUUUCAAGCAGUACCUAAAGCCUAAUGCCGACGUCAAGGCGUACCUGACGCAUGAUUGGAUGAAUGAUGACCUUGCUAAAGGCACUUGGAGCUGUUGGGGCCCGAAUGCCAUGUCGAAGUGGCUCAAGGAGCUGCAGAAGUCGGAUGGUAGAGUUCAUUUUGCUAGUGCCGACUGGGCUGAUGGAUGGAGAGGAUUUGUCGAUGGGGCUAUUGAGAGAGGCGUGGUUGCAAGCAGGGAUGUUCAGCGGUUGCUUCUUGAGGAGCAAGUCAAGUCCAAGAUCUAG